CGAAACGCCGCUGUCGGCGGCUCCUGCCGAGCGCACAUUGUUCCAGCCGCCGCGCUCCUGGCGGCGCGGCCCUCUCCCCUCCCUCCCCAGGUCCCGCCUUCCCUCGUCACCGGGCGGUCUAUAAAUCCCCUUCUCCCGGCGCCUACCCCCACCCACCGCGGGAGACCCUGGUGCUUUAGACCGCGGAGCGGGAGCCCUGGCUCGCCGGGACUUGGCGCUCCCCUGCUGACCGCUCCCCCCUUUGUACACAGCCCCCCCCCCCGCCCGGGCCUCCCGCCUCUCUCGCUGCCUGCCACUCCGCACGCUUGCCACCGGCCCCUCCGCUAGCAGCGCCAGGAUGUCGGAAAAAUGCGCCGAGGAGGCGCCGGCUGAGCUGAGCGCUAAGGAAAUGAAAGAAAAGAAGGUAAAAGUCGAGGAGAAAACAGUCCUCAAAGAAAAGAAGAAGGAGAUAGUAGAGGAUGAUGAAAAUGGAGCUGAAGAGGCUGAGGAAGACAGUCCUGAUGAUGUGGAUGAAGAAGGUGGUGAUGAAGAAGAAGGAGAUGAGAAUGGGCAAGAGCAGGAUGGUCAUGCAGAAAAACGAUCUGCAGAGAAGGAAGAGGAUGAAGUGGAUCCAAAGAGGCAGAAGACAGAAAAUGGAUCUUCAGCUUGAGUGACCCCCCCCCCCCACCAUCUCUUCUGUUCCGUCCAUCUCUCCUUCAUUCCAGCCUCUGCUUGCACUGUCCCUUAGUCUCUGGCUUCACACAGUCUCAGAUGAGGGAAGAUUAGACCUGCUCUCCAACAGGGAAGACAGCAUUUGCUUCUCGACUGAAGACUGAGUCCGUCUGUGACAAUCCCCAGCUGCAGUUAUUCCAGUUCCCCACAUCCCUUCAGCUGUGCCCCACUCUUCCCUCAAAUUUCCUUGUUUCCUGGGGCCUGGAAGGGCACUGUGCCAGCUCCCUGUACCAGGCCUCUCGUGUGGCCAGCACCUCUCCUGCCCUUUCUGCUCACCCUCUUUUUUUUUUUUUUUCCCUGUUGUUGUUUCUUUUGUUUUUGUCACCAAUAUAACAGAUUCUUGACAGCUUCUGCUCCCCAGACCUGUUGUCAGAUACCCUCCUGGAGCUCAGCAGGUUGCAGACACUGAUUUCCUAGUGUGCUUUCUAGCCCUGAGCUUCCCCUCGGCUGCUUUUCCACUGAGCCCUGAGAGACAAAAGAAUCUUCCAAGCAAAUGCUGGUUCUGUUCCACAUGGAGACAGAAUUUAUUUUCAGCUCUGUGGGGUUUUUUUCACAUUUCUAUGACAGCAAGCUGGCCCUCGUGCAUUUUUCAGAAGAUAAUGGUGUUUGUAUGUGUGAAUUUUAUCUGAACUGCAUAGUUCUCGGUUGAUUGUUUUCUUCCCCUUUAAUUUGGAGGCUUUUUAAAAACAAAUCAAGAGGAAACAAUUGGGGACCAAACUUUGAUUUCCAUUCUUUAUUCCCUUCAGAUUUUCUUGUGGCCAUUUUUUAUAGAUGAAAGGCAGUCCAGCCGCAGCAUUUUCUAUGGCACAGCCACCACGAGGACCAUGGAUAUAAAUAUAUAUAUUGUUUGCAACUGGCACUGUAAAUAAAAGUGUUUAAAAAGA